AUGUGCAUAUAUCUUUGUUCAUAUCUCUUACUUUAUCCAUAUCUUUCUUUCUUCUUCUUUCUAUCUAUCUAUCUAUCUAUCUAUCUAUCUAUCUAUCUAUCUAUCUAUCUAUCUCAGUCUGCGCAUAUUUCUGUCAACCUCAAUUAUGUGCAUAUGGUAUGUGCAUAUAUCUUUGUUCAUAUCUCUUACUUUAUCCAUAUCUUUCUUUCUUCUAUCUAUCUAUCUAUCUAUCUAUCUAUCUAUCUAUCUAUCUAUCUAUCUAUCUAUCUCAGUCUGCGCAUAUCUCUGUCAACCUCAAUUAUGUGCAUAUGGUAUGUGCAUAUAUCAUAUCUCUUCUUUUAUUCAUAUCUUUUUUUUAUCCAUAUCUUUUUCUUUCUUUCUUUUUUUCUAUUUCUUUUCUAUCUAUCUAUCUAUCUAUCUAUCUAUCUAUCUAUCUAUCUAUCUAUCUAUCUAUCUCAGUCUGCGUAUAUCUCUGUCAACCUCAAUUAUGUGCAUAUAGUAUGUGCAUAUAACUCUGUUCAUAUCUCUUACUCUAUCCAUAUCUAUCUAUCUAUCUAUCUAUCUAUCUAUCUAUCUAUCUAUUUGUGCGUAUUAUGUUAA